AUGUUUGCGCACGGAGGAAUCAAAGCUGAAGAUAAGGAGUUUGUUGUGUUGAUAGAGUUGUUUAUGAUGCAACUGCUUAAACUAGCCGAGGGAGAUCUUAAAUUGCAGAGGAAAAAAGAGGUCUGUCGAGUUCAGAGCUUUGUGGAAUCGUUGGACAAACUGAGGGCGAGAAACCACGACAUGAGCCGCAGUGCAAACCCAAGGGAUCAGGAAUUGCCAGGUCCCGGGAAGUCCGUACUUUUCUUUUGCUCCAAAGACUUCAACAAUCAUAACACAACAGUGGAAACUGUUUGA